CCCAUUUUACCUUUUGCUGUCCUUCUUUCCUUCUCUAUAAUCCUAAAAUCGCAGCCGUGCACCACAGUCAAAUCUAAAUCUCUGCCGCUGGAAUACAUCUUACCAAGUUGGUAAUGGGUAAUAAGCGAAAAGCUCGCGAAGUUCAUUCGGACGAUGAUGAUUUGUCGAAAAAGCGUGGUAAGAGAAUGGAUGAUGGUGAUAACGCUGGCGUAAAGCCGCAGUUGCUACCAUCGAUGAUUAAAAACAAAGAUAAACGGGCGGCUGUGUAUGCCAAGAUUAAGCAAGAAAAGAAACUAGAGAAGAAAAAGAUUGCCAAGGCUCGUGAAGCGUUGGAGAGCCGUGCGCUUGAGCUUGGAGAAGCGCUUCCGCCAAGGAAGAUUCCACGAACGCUUGAGAAUACUAGAGAAGAGGAUGAAACUGUUUGCAAGGCUGGCGAUGAAGAGCUUCUUGCUGGCAAUGAUGCUGAUGAGUUCAGUGCAGUUUUAAAAGAUGGUCGGGAGCCAAAAGUACUGAUGACCACCUGUCGUUUUAAUUCUACGAGGGGACCGGCAUUAAUCAAAGAUUUACUCACCAUUGUCCCCAAUUCAGAGUACUAUAAGAGAGGAACAUACGAUUUGAAGAAGAUUGUGGAUUAUGCAAACAACAAAGAAUAUACAUCUGUCAUUGUUGUCCACACCAGCCGUAGAGAACCAGAUGCUCUCUUGGUUAUUGGAUUGCCCAAUGGACCUACAGCUCAUUUCAAGCUGACAAAUCUUGUAUUGCACAAGGAUCUCAAGAAUCAUGGAAACCCUACCAGUCAUAAACCCGAGCUAGUGCUGAACAACUUUACAACACGCCUAGGUCAUCGUGUUGGAAGGUUAAUAGAAUCACUCUUUCCACAAGAUGCUGAAUUAAAAGGUCGACGAGUUGUCACUUUUCACAAUCAACGAGAUUUUAUAUUCUUCCGUCAUCAUAGGUACAUUUUUGAAAAUAAAGGAGAGAAGAAGGAUGCAAAUGAUAAUAACAAGGAUAACGGGGAGGAGAAGAAGACUCUGACAAAGGAUGUAAUUGCUCGUCUGCAGGAAUGUGGCCCUCGUUUCACCCUAAAGUUAAUAAGUUUACAGCAUGGGACCUUUGAUACAAAGGGAGGGGAGUAUGAGUGGGUUCACAAGCCGGAAAUGGACACCAGCAGAAGAAGGUUUUUCUUGUGAUCUGCUACUGAAACUGGAGCUUCAGAUUGUUAAGCUGUUAUUAGCCUCUCUGUUUUCACAUUUUUGUCUACAUCUUAUAUAGAAGUUAAUUAUUCCCGUGAAACCCAAAAUUUUGUGAAUCACUUCAGUUGUUUUCUAUCUAUAAUAAUAGUAUUUGACCAA